UCCAAUUUCUUAUACUCCAUAUAAAGAUGCAGAUGCAACUCUUAACAGACAAACCUGUUUCAUUUGAAAGUAAUUUUACAAAUACAAGGGCAUUUACAAUGGAAUCCUGGUUUUGUGGCUUCUUGUAAAGCUGUAGCAAAACUGUUGUUUGCUUCACUGGAGUGCACCUUUCACUGUAGAUUCCUGUAGCUGUGGCUCUCUGUAGAUCCAUGUAUUGGCCACACCCAUGUGUCCUGCUGGCCAAGACCACCCUGCUGAGGAGAAAUUCCUCUGUUUACUUGCAUGUGCUUUAUUUACACCCCCCAGCCAGCAGCGGGCCACAGCUUUCGGUCAUGCAAUACCCUGAAGAUGCCAGCGUGCUCCUCAACUCCACGGUGUGGAUGCUGUGUGUGUUUGAGUACCCCAGCGAGGAGAACGAGGAGCCAGUGGUGUACUGGAGGAAAGGUCCUGACUGCCACAACCAGCAGAGUCUCCAGUCGAGCCCCAGCACAGCCAGGCCACAGGUGCAGAUAACAAAAAACAUCCUCAGGGGAUUCUCCAUCUUAAAACUGAGCAACGUUGACCAGAACGCCAGUAACUCCUACUUCUGUGAUGUGAUGCUAACAGAGAAAAUACAGGGCAAAUGUGGAAAUGGCACCAAACUGACUGUGCAUGAUUUAAAAUGCAAAGACUGUACAACAACAGAUAAGAUCUGGUGGGGUUGGUUCCUUCUUCUUGGAUAUACCAUCUUUGUCACCACAGUUGUCAUAGCUUUUGGUAUUCACCAGUGCCAUACAAAGUGCAAGAAUAAGCUGAGAAACAAAGAUAUCAGCACUACCAUGCAAAGUGAAUGGAUCUAUCAUCAGCCAUCAAGAUUAGUUAAUAAUGGGUUUAGUCAAGAAUAUGAAGAUAUGUCAGUAAUAAGAACUCUAUGUGAUACUGGAAGGGAGAUGAUAUGAAAAAGAAAGUGUGUGCAGUUGUAACCGAGAUACGAGCAUGUGUGAUGCUACUUCCAUCAAGGUAGAAAAGAAACAUAAAUGAAAACCUCUCCAUUAACCUAGAAGGCUUUUUGUUCAUGUAUUUAUUUCAAGUUAAAGAAAUUUUUACUCCUCACAGCUACAAAUGAAAUAAGAAUUAAUAUAUGUAACCAUCAUCAAAAUACUGUGAAAGCUAAAGGUAUUCAAACUUCUUUUCAAUGCAGACAUAUCUGACCCACGUAUGUUGUUUUUUUUUCUACUUCAAACAAAAGCACAGUUACAAUUUUGUUUUUACCCAGCUCAAGGCAGCUUCUUUGCUUUAAAAAUGCAAUUCUGUAAAAUGGUAUCUGUUCACUGUAAUGACAGAUUGUUAGAGAGGAAUGCCUCACAAGCUCCCAGGGCACUGUCUGGCAUUAUUUCUAACUCCUUUCAUAUUCCCCACAUUACAAAUCCCUGCAAUUCCUUCUACUCUUAGCUAUUUAGCUAGCUUUGCCAUCUUGUAAUGCACAUUUUCAUUCCAAAUUAAAAUACCUAAUGUUGUUUUAAAAGUCAUAGCUUGUAUGUUUUUUAAAGAAAUAUUAAUUACCAAAAUAAUCUUGACAGGUAGGCUACAUGGUCUACUGCUGUAGGGCUUACUGCCAUAUCUGGGACUGUCACAGAAUGUAUUUGAAUUAAAAAUGUGUAUGUUAAACUUAUCCUAUAGUGCUUAGAAUACUUGCGGAAUCUAAGGAAAUGAUACAACUAAGAUGCAUAGAAAGAGAUUAUCAUAAUUUGCGUAGUACUAGAGGAAAUGCAGUCUUGGCAUAGUUAAGUAUGUGUGACUUGAAGGAAAUGAAUUAUUUUCACAGUCAAAUACUGCAAGCUGAAUACUGUAUUUCAAAAUUGCUUGCAAUUGUAAAUACGUGAAAGGAAACUUCAUAGAAUAAAAUGAGAGGUUACCACCUUAUGCUUUAAUGGUGCUGUAAGAACUGAUACACAUUGCUCCCUGGAUUCAGCUUCAUCACUAGCCUUAUUUUCUGAAAUUCCUCCUUUCUGUAACAGUAAAUACGCCACAUAAUUUUAAGAAAUUUAUCUGUGCAUUUGUUUCCUUUUGGUAAAAGGGCACACUUAGACAAAGUGAGAUUUGACUUUCAGAGGGAUCAACUGCAAGCAUUCAGAUAGGGAAGAACAGUCAUGAAGUACCUUUUUAAAAAUUAUUAUUGCUAUUCUUUGGACAUUGGGAAGUAAAAAAUGGUUUUUCCUCCUCCUCUAUCUAAACUAGGAACUGACUGCAUUUGCAGUCAUACAUAUUCAGGCUUCCAGAGUCAGGAAACUGAAUUUUAAUUGUGGAUGUAAAUAUGUAGUUCAUUUCUUUCCAGCUAAACUUAUCUCUUCAGAAGCACUUCAGAUGCCCUAUUUUGAAACUCUUUUACAAAUGAAAUCCUUAUUGCAUAUAAAAGACAUGCCUAACUUUUAAUUUUAAAGGUAAAAUUAUAAAUUGGGUUAAAUGUUUGGGGUUUAAAUACACUGAAUGUUUAUAUAUUUAACAUAGAGCUUUAAGGGCAGAUAUAGCCAUUCCAUCAUUUUAGAUGUGAGGUAUGAAGUCUGUCUGAGCCACACAUGCAGUUCUCUGAAGAAAAGAACUGAAGGCAACAGUCAGGGAACCAAAGUCAACUGCAAGUAUGCAAAGCACAAAGAGGUCAAUGCAAAGCCUUUCAUUGUGAAAAGUGAAAAACCGACAAGAGUUCGUACGUAAUCUGGCACACAUCUAGAAGGUGCAUUUAAAAAGCCUCUAAUUCAGAUAACUCAUAUACCUAAAUUGGGCUCUUUUGCUUACACUUGAUAAUGCUGCCUCCAUUUCUGAUCAAAUGAAGGCCCUUCAAAUGAAGGUCAGUGUGAUUUCUGCAGUUUUUCACAUGCUUCUCAGAAACAGCUGAAAGUUGCUCUGAAAGAAGUUGGACAUAAACUUCCACUCCGAAAGGUUAAAAAUACAGCAAAUUCUGGGGAACUGAAAAAACGUUAUAUGUAUAUGUUCUAUCAUCUGACACCAACAGCAAAAACACCACUUGUUAUGUUCCAGUCAGCAACAUGGUGGAUUUUAUGGAAGCCUACCACAGAAUGAAACAUCAGGAUCGAAUUCAGAAUGAGUUUAGAACACAAAUUCUUAAUAUUAAAAGUAUGAAAUAUCCUUUUUUUUUUGAUUUAUGCUUUUUUAAAAAGUGCAUAUUGUAGUGUUAAGAACAUUAUUAUUUAUAUGAAAUAUAAAUGGACUGCAGUAAGUCAAAGAAUCACAAAACCACUGGUUAGAGGGGACCUCUGAAGAUCAUACAUUCCAACACCCCUACUCAAGACAGAAAAGGUUGGCCAAGACCUUGUCCAGAGGGCUUUUGAGUAUCUCCAAGGAAGGAGACUUUCCUGAUAUUCUGAUGGACCCUUUUGUGUUUCUUGUUGCCUCUGAUCCUGUCCCUGGGCACCACUGAACAGAGCCUGGCUCUGCCAUCCACAGGUACUUAUACUAAUUGACAAGAUUCCCGAUCCUUUCUCCAGGAUGCACAAUCACAGCUUUCCCUGGCUCUUUAGUCCUUAAUCAUCUUCAUGGGCUUGCAGAUGAUUCACUCCUAUCCUGAGGAACCCAGAACUGGAGAAUGCAUUCCAGAUCUGGUCCAGCAUCUUCCAAGUACACGGGAAGGACCCUCAUCCUUGUACUGCUGGCAAUGCUCUGCCUGACGCAGGGCAGGAUGCUGUUGGAUCCUUUGCCAUCAAAGUAUAUUGCUGGCUCAUGGUCUUUUUGCAGUCUCUCAGUACCCCUUAGGGUACAUCCGUGCAAAGCAGAUGCAGAAACUUGCCCAUUUCUCUGACAAACCUAAGAGAUACUCUUCAGUCCAAUUCUGCAGCCUGCCCAGACCUCUCUGGACCAUGAGUAUAUCUUCAGUUACAAAUUACUUAAAACAAGUAGCUCAAGUUCAUGACCCAGUAUCUGAACCAUGGAGUGAGUCUCAGCCCUCCAAACACUGGAGGAGACAGAAUUCCUGAUAAUUUUAGUAGGACUCAAGUUUACCUUCAAAUCACUUAAAUAUAUUCUCUGAUAGGAAACAUGCAGAUAAGCUAAAGGAAAACAGUGAUUGAAACAGUAACUUCCAAAGACUUUGUCUGGUAUUAAGGAUUAUUCAACACACCCUCAGCUAGACAUUAACAGUAAUUACCAAUUUCAAGAUGCUUCUGUGGAAAACUGGACAGAAAACACUUCAUUGGAGUCCAGAAAAUAUUAUUAUUAUGAUAUUAUAUAUAAUAGUGGCAUGCAUGGCAUGCAUGCCAUAGAGUUUCCCUAGAGAAAUGAAAGAAAAUAGAAAAUGGAAAAAAGGAUUGAAAUUAACAUUAAGAGUGAGAUAGGAGAAAUAACAAGUAUUGAUAUGCAUAUGGAAAACUGCUCUUAAGAAAUAAAAUACCUGUCCAGGCAUCAUAUAUCCAUGGUUGUACCUGCAUCUGGAUGAUGAGCAUUACCCCUUGGCUUAGUACUCCCAGCCAAUUAUUAUUUUUAUUAACUAAUAAGGUGGUUAUAGUGAUCUUCAUUUCCAAUCUCUACACAUCAACAAAGGCGACCAAAGUUUUCAAGGUCAGAGUAGAGUCCAGAGUCUUUUAGGAAAACAGAGGUCUUAGAAAAUAUAGAAGCAUUGCAUUUUUGAAAUACAGAAAAUGAUGAAAUCCAAGAAUAAAACACUUUCUUAGGAUGUGUAUGUCCUACCUGUUUAAACACAUUUCAGAAUAUACACAAAAAUCUACCUUAGCAUAUCCCUAGCAUUAUCUGAAGAAAUAUCAGCACAGAUUUGAACAUGUACAUUGUAAUAAAAAGUAUUUUCAUUCUCAUGAGAAAAUAUUACUUUAGCCUGUCUCAUCUUCUAGAUUUGUCUCAUCUUCUGUGCUUGUACUACUGAUUUUCAAAAGAAUUCACAAAAUCUGAAUCAAAAAAACCAAACAACCCAAAACAAUGGUUUCCCAAACAACACAGCCAGCAGAACUACGAAGGUUUCAGCAAAAAUGGAACCUUCCAUUUAAAUUAUUAAGUAUUGUAUGCAAUCAUCUUCAUUGCAACACUUACCAACAUCAUCAUGGCACAAAGUCAGUAUGGAUUUUUUGCACAUUUCAUCUUCUUCAGUUCUUUAGGGUGUUAGUAAUGGUUUUUUUUAAAUAGUUAUGCAGCCUAUUUGUGUAGCAAGUCCAUCAGAAGACAAAAUUCUGUUGAGUGUACGUUUCGCCUUCAGCCACACAAGGACUACACCCAAAAAACAACUCAAAGAAGAGAAGCAACAGAAUCUAUCUAGGAAGUAUUCUUGAAAUUAAAAAGCCAGUUAUUUCAUUGGGGUUUCUUUUGACAAAGAGGUCACUAACUGAUUUUCAACUCCACUUAUUUAGGACCUGGUAAAGAGGACUCCCUAAUCUUAAGCAUUUGUGAGAAUAAGGUGGCAAGGAUCCUUUUUCAGCACAUCUGGUUUAUGAUAUUCUAACAGAAAAUUCCAGAUAUUACUCAGGAUAGUUAGCUAGGAAAGGUCUGUAUCAACUGAAAAACUUGUAAAGUGGUAAAAACCCCCUGAACUUCCUCCAUUGAAAGAGGACCAUAUUCAUUCCCUGAAGAAUACAACUAUUGUAAAUAGAAAACAAAAUCUAAGAGGCUCUGAUCUUGUUAGAUUUCUCAGUUUCUCUGAGUGAAAAUGAGCUGUUUCAAGAUUUCACCAGAAUUCCAGGACAGUUAUUACCAUUGAAUCAGAGACUUUGACCACAGCAGAUCAGCAUGAAAGGAGAGUGUUUUUAUAGCAUUAUCUACUACUGCAAUUCAUGCUGGAAGCUAUCCUCUGUACAAGUGAGAAUGCAAGUGGGCGAGGUACAGGUUACAAAGGUAACUUUCAGUUUUACAUGCAAAAAUGCUAUCCUAAGGUGCCAAAGUCAUGCAAGCUAUCCUGCAUAUCACAAUCACUAUAUACAGAACCUCACAAAUUUAGAAACAAAUGCUGAUCUAAAAUGAAUGUAAAGUACUUCACAUCAGUCUUUUUUAUUUCUUUCAUUAUCAAAAGGAGUAAUAAAAUAAUUAAAUCCCUGCACAUGAUUCCUAACUACAU